GUUGCUGCCUUGAGAGCUUCUCACUGGUGUUUUCGUGCCAAACCCACAUGCUACAGAGCUGCGGACCAUGGCCUCUACCCUGCAGAAGUUCAUUCAUUCUCUGGACCUCAGAGCCCUUCCCAGGGUCCUCCAAAUCCAGUCAGGCAUCUAUUGUCAAGACUCCGUCUAUGAGAUGUUUGGAAAUGAAUUCUCCCUCUCAACAGAAGAUGUCAUUAAAGUUAUUGGCUUCAAAAUUAAUAAACUCAUAGCAAGUAUCUGUGAGAAUAAUGAAGUCAGCCCGUUUUCAGCCAAAGUGGAAUUACCACUAAAUUUUCCUGGUCUUUAUAAGAUUGUGGCAGAUAAGACUCCAUACGUCAGCAUUGAAGAAAUUGCAGGAAGAGUCUCCAUUGGGCCAACAAGGUUUGGCCAUCCUUCUUUCUACAGUGCCAAGGAUAUAAAAUUGGAACACUUCACUAUCAAACAUGAUGAGCAGAUCACCUUCAACUCAGUGGAGGAAGUCCAUGGGAUGAUGGCUGUGAACUGUGUCGUGGUCAGAAAUAACCAGUCUCAUUCCUUUACUUUGCCCCUUUCACAAGAAGGAGAAUUCUAUGAGUGUGAAGAUGACCAGAUAUACACCCUAAAAGAGAUUGCAGAGUGGAAAAUCCCUAAGGGUAGAAACCGGAUUGUUAAACUUUCCACUACUUCACAUAUGUGGGACUCCUCUAGUCCACUUCCUGAGAAUUUUGAUGGCUGUUUGAUUCUCAUGCCUGUCUACGAAGUGCAGGCAGUAAUGAAAUUUCGAAAGGACAUAAUUCAUAUCCUCUCAGAUCUGGAUGUUGAGGUCAAGGAUGUAACAGACCAUUAUGAUAUUAGCUCUUUCCUUCAGCCACUUUCUUUGGAAGAUAUAUUUGAGAGAACAAGCAAAGAAUUUCCUAUGGUUGCUGAGAUAAUGGAAGGGCCUUCGGGAAAUGAAAAACCUUAUAACUUAUUGUCUACAGGGAAAGAGAUUGUCAUCUACAAAAAGUACCAGGCAUCAAGGGUCCUAGCCUCUGAGAUGAGAAGUGAUUCCUCCAAAAGACAUUAUUUAAUCCCUAUGAGCUACAAAGGCAAGUUCAAGAGAAGACCUCGGGAGUUUCCAACUGCCUAUGACUUAGAGAUAGUGAGAAAUGAAAAAGAACAUCUUCAUGUUGUAGCAACUAAAACCUUUACUUCCCCUCAUAAAGAGCUUUUUUCUGUUUCAGUUGGAGAUCAAUUUCUAGUUCAGCAAUGCCAGACUAGUGAAGUUCUGUAUGAGGGAAGAAAGAAACUCAUAGAUGUUUUAGCUUGUGAGCAAAUACUAAGUGAUUCAUAUAAAAAAGUGCUCCUCCCUAUGUACAUGGAAGGUGGCUUUGUGGAAGUGAUUCAUGACAAGAAACAGUACCACCUCUCUGAGAUUUGCAAAGAAUUCCAUUUCCCUUUUAAUGUCAAAGUGUCUGUGAGGGACCUUUCCAUCGAGAAAGAUGUCUUGGCUGCUGCACCUGGUCUGCAGUUAGAAGAAGAAAUCACAGACUCUUACGUGCUGAUCAGUAGUGCCAGCAGUCCAGUGGAGAGCUGGGAGAUUCCUGUGUAUCGCUUAAACAUGUUGGUCGGUUUGCUCAGCAAAGAUGUCCAGACAGUUGCACCGCCUGUGACUAGGACAACAGUGGAAGAGGUCAGUGAAGGAUACUAUAUGUUGAGAAGAUAUGAAAACCUAACCCUUCAUCCACCACCCAGGCCUCCCAAAAGGCCAACAACAGCACCACCACGUACUUUUGCAGUGCCUAAGCAAUGUGUGUCUGAUGUACAGGCUCCAAAGAAUUUCUAUGUAGACACCACCAAGAAGUUGUGCUCAGAUCGAGAUGCUGCUGUUUUGGAAUUGCAAGUCAGUUGUCAAAACGAUUUGGUGCAUUGUGAGAAUAAGGACAUGACUGGGAAAGCUAUGCUAGUGGAAACCCCUGUGACUAAAGGCCUAGCAAGAAACUAUGAGGCAGAAGAGGACGAGGAAGAAGAGCAUGACUACAGCUAUAUUGAUGAAAACAUAAUUGAAAACAUAAGAAAAGUAUUUCACGGCACCAGCAUUAGAAAUGAGCAUACAGUCUCCAAAGGAAGAAGGUGA